AUGAGAAAAAAAUUUCAGCUGUCCUUUUUCAAUUGCUGUUUUGGAAUUGAAAGAAUGGCUUAUUUUUCGAGGGAAAAUGAAAUUUUCUGCAUUAGUAUCCCUUCUCUGGAGUUUAAGUCAUUUCGAAAGUUUGAGGUUAAGCGUCGAGUUUGUUUAAAAAAUUCUUGGGAUAAGAAAAGUUUAAUUGCUCUUUUUGAUGAUGAAAUUAUUUCUAUAAGCUUUUCUGAUUUAGGAGAAGCAAAAAUGUUAGUUUCAGGCAAGUUUACCAAAAUCGAUAUAUCAAAUAAAGGCUAUUUUGCUCUUAUUUCCUCUGAGGACAGGCUAGUGCUUUUGUCUCCUGAAAGCGAGAAAAUUGCUGAAGUAGCGAUCGAACCAAAAAGUAUCAAACUGAAAUUUUAG